AUGAACCUCUCCUUUUACGACAUCUCCCUCGUCGACGGCUACAACCUCCCCGUGGGGAUUGUCUCACUGCACACGGAGUCGAAGGACCCAGCACUAGCAUCGAUUCCAUCAAAUACCACGAACCCGGUGUGUAUCGGGAGUGUGGAUUUUUUCGUCAGCGACGACAAUAGCAGCAGCGCAAUCCAUGCAAUAUCGCGCUGGUGCCCCUGGCCCUUACAGCUGCAAGCAGUGGCACCACCCAAACCCGGCGCGGGGGUGUACCCUUACCCAGACGACGAUAUCCCGCGCCCGCGAUUCGACCCGUGCAUCUCGAGCUGCGCCAAAUACGGUAAUCCGGAGGACUGCUGCGCGGGGGCCUUUAACAGUCCUGAGACGUGUACACCGAAUGAAUACAGUCGUAAGGCGAAGAGCGUGUGUCCGGAUGCGUAUAGCUACGCCUACGACGAUAAAACGUCCACGUUUACGAUUAAGGCUGGAGCGGGGUUUGAGGUUGUGUUUUGUCCGGAUGCGGGGAGGUCGACGGAUAUUAUGAGAUAUAAGGAUCAGGAUCAGGAUCAGGGUUAG